AUGCGAAAUUUUGUGUCCAACUUUGAGCUGGUGAUUGAGGCUUAUGUGCUACCAGCACUAACAACCUUACUGCCGAAUGAAGAUAUUAUCGAAAACGGAUGGAUGAGGAAGCUACAACUUGCAGACCCGGAAUAUAACGUUAAGGCAGGCAUUGAUCUGGCACUGGGAGCUGAAGUGUUUGAAGAGAUAAUCGAGCCAAAAAUAAAGAAAGGAGAUCCAUUGAUGGGCCAAAAGACGAAAUUAGGUUGGGUUCUCUCGGGCAAAGUCCCCAUAGAGUCACCUGCAGUCACGACACUGAUAUCUAAUAUAUCAACAACGGAGUUUCAUAUGGCGCUCCAACGAUUCUUCGAAACAGGGGCAGAUCAGGAUGAUGUAGCGGUUGCGAACGAAUACGAGGUGAUUUACGAAAGCACGGUCCAGCGUGACGCAGAUGGCACAUACGCGGUCACGUUACCAUUCAAGGACGACCCUAAGGUAGUGUCACUAGGGAAUUCAAGGAACAGGGCACUAAUGCGUCUAAAACAACCCGAAAAAACGACUCGAGAAGGAUGUUCAAUUAAAGGAAGGAUGCAAGAGUACAUCGACCUUGGUCACAUGAGGCGACCGAUACCUUUUGUUGGAGAAGACAGAGACGUGUACUACCUUCCGCAUCAUCCUGUAAUUAAGAUGGAAAGCACGACCACCAAGAUACGGCCAGUUUACGAUGCUUCUGCAAAAACUUCGAGUGGUUCCAGCUUAAACAACUUUCCACAAAUUGCAAGGCGACCUAGCGCAUACACUGCUAAGAUGGAGCAAAUUUCGAUACGCAAUUACAUCCGAUAUCGAGAAAAUGUUUCCGAUGAUUAA